CUUUGAGGCGCCUUUUGACAAUAAUUUAUAUAUGUGGGCCUUGGCUGCAUUACACUUAUGCUCGACUUUGCACCAUUUUCUUACCUCCUACAUAUACCCUGGCAUUUAGCAUUAAAUGAUGCCUGAAAGCCGAGGGCCCGAAGCGUUAGCAGUUGUUAUAACACUGUAUGUCACAAGCUUUAUAGCUAUAGGCCUUCGACUCUACACCCAUGGUUUUAUUUUGAAGCACUUCUUCGCCGAGGAUUAUAUAUCAUUAGCUUCCUUGAUAUUAUAUACAGCUUACACAAUCUGCGCGGCUCUUUCUAUCAAAUAUGGCGUGGGCUCACAUGUCGUCGAUGUGCCGCCUGAUAAUCGCCCAAAGGCUAUUUUUUAUAGAUGGAUUCUCACUUUCAUAUAUGUUAUUCUUUCAAUGUUAACUAAAUGGAUUGUGGGUAUAUUUCUCCUACGAAUAUGCCCACGUAAACGCUGGCGACAAAUCACCAUCUGGACCAUUUUGGCUGUGAUUACUAUAUUCAGCCUGAUCUAUGAGGUGUUCGCUAUCCGGACUUGCGAUCCAAUUGAGCUACAAUGGACCAGAUAUAAUCCCAUCCCACCUACCGAGGGUAGUUGCAAUGCAACAACAUUCGCCACAGUCACGACAUACAUCUCAGCCUUUCUCAGUGUUGUCGCCGACUGGAUAUUGCCCGCAUUGCCAGCCACCCUGGUAUGGAAAGCGCAGAUACCACAGCGCGAAAAGAUCUCCAUCAUUGUCUUGCUUGCCUUAGGGUCUGUUGCCUCUAUUGCUACAAUCGUUCGCAUUCCUUUUGCAAAAGGCUAUCUUGAUAACCCAGAUUACCUCUAUACAACCGUUGACCUGGGCAUUUGGAGCACGGUUGAGAUUGGAGUUGCCCUAACUACUUCAUCUCUUGCAACACUCAAACCGCUAUUGAAACAAAUGCGUCUUUUCAGCACUAUAUCAUCAUCUGAGAGACUUGGCUCUUACUCUGACGAAAGAAUUAAUAACACAGCAAUUGUAAGGAAAAUAACUGUCACCAAACGAGUGGACGUUUCCUCUGCCCCCAGAGGCGAAGGAGAGUCAUGGCGGAAUAAACGGGACCGCAAAGAAUCUAUGGAUGUGGAAUUGGUUAGUCAACGAGGCGACAUGUAUUUUCCUGACAGAAAUCAGGGUUCCGAUAUUGAAAUAGGGCUCCACAAAUGAUACUAAGAUAGUAAUAGCCGUGUGUAACAUGAACUUUGAUACGCUCCCUGUGUAUAAUAAUUUUGGUGGCUAAGAACAUGGCAAGGAAAGAAAUAUUUGGCUAUGUGAAAUACCACUGUUGCUACAUGAAAGGAAUAAGGCUACUAUGCAGG